CUGGGGGGUUAUAACCGAAAAGCUGAGCGUGAGCGCCAUCUCUCAGCGAUGGCAACUGCAGCCUAGUCGGCAGGAACUCGUUGGCGUUGUUGCCUGUUCUCCAACGAAAUGAGAGAGGGGAAAAAGAUAACGACCACAAAUUGAAACGAAGUUAUGCGAAAAGCAUCAAAAUAUUUCUAUAUAUUGAAAUGAAGCCGCACAAGCUUUUCAAGCAUGCAGACUUGCGAUCCCGUUAGCUGCUGCGAGAAUUAUUGCCCCCUCAGCCAUGCAGUGAUUUUUGUGUUUGUUACGUCCUGCCCUUUUUUACCUCCCCUCCUUAAAGCGGUGAACGGGUCACUUUAAACUCCCUCCCUUGUUAAAGCGCAAAGAAAAAACUUUUUCUCCUCCUUCUUCUUGAGAAGCUGUGCGUUCUCAAAAAUGGCAGACCGGAGGAUUCGUAAGGCUCGUUUCAGCAGCCGGGACCUGUGUGUCCUGGUGGAUGCGGUGAUGGAAAGACGGGAGGAUAUCUUCGGGCGGGGAGGUGACCCUCCCGACACGCAGAGGAGGAGGGAUGCCUGGCAGUACGUUACAGAGAGAGUCAAUGCAGUUUCCGGAACCCACCGGACCUGGGAGGAAGUCCGCAAGAAGGUGCACGACUUGAAGAAAAGCACAAAGGAAAAACUCGCUUAUAAUAGAAGAUCAUGGCAGACAGCGGGUGGUGGUCCCCCAGAUGUCAAAACGUUGACGGAAUUUGAAAAUGAUAUGAUCGUUGUGUUUGGAAAGGAAAGUCUUGAAGGCCUUCGACCCGUGGAUAUAGGUACCAUGCCAAGACAUAUUCCACAAAGAGAACACAGUGGACAACACGUGGUAUCAGAAGAGCAACAUACACCUGAAUGCCAAUUGUCACCAAUCCUACAAGGCAACAACACAGAAAUGCCUCUAGUUAGAGGUAUAAAGGAUGAGAAUCAGGAAACACCAAGUGAGUCACUGAGCACUAGUGAAGAAUGGGAGGAAGUGGUGGUGGGUGAUGAAGGGGCAACUGUUGAAGCAUGGAGACCCAGUGUGGUAGGUGCAUCUACUCAGCUGGAUGCAGUUACAGACCUUAAUGGGCCUGCUUUCAAACGGAGACUGUUAGAACAUGGAGUCCGUGUUGAGCAGUCACUAGCCUUCAUGCACACCACUUUGGAAGAUGGUAUGGUUAGGUUGGAUCAGCGAUUGUCCUCACUGCAGUCUGCCAUUGAGCAGAUAGCAACACCAAUGACAGCUGCAGUCGAAACCUCACUUAUGCAUGCUAUAGGCACAGCAGGAGCAUCUCUUAUGAAUGCUCACAAUGUUGCUAUGGAAGCUUUGGGGUCAAAACUUAAAGAAGCAGUUGUGGCUGGCUUUGAUUCACUAGGAGAACAGUUACAUGGAACCAUGACAGAGGGAUUCAAAAAUCUCAUUGCAGCACAAUGUUCUACACUUACACAAAUGAUUGCGUAUUGUGAGGAGAUGCCCUCCACCAGUGGCAUGAGUGAAGUUCAGACAGUUGACACUCAUGUUAGCACCAGUUCUGUGCCCCCACACAUCUCUGCACAAGUAACAGGGGGGAUAGUAAUUUGACAAAAACUGAAAAGAUACUUUAUCAUUAUGUAAUCUUUAAUGUAAAGCAAUUUACUGUAUUUGUAAGUUUAAAAAUAGCUGUAGACAUCACAGUUUCCUCAGCUGUCAUUCUAUUUUAGGGCUUUGAGAUAAUAUAACUGAAAGCGCUUUUUCCAUACACAACACCAAUUUUAAAAGAACAUUUAAAUUUCUACUAGGGUUUAUUUUUUUUCUUGCUUUGAAUUCACUUAAGAACUUAAGAAAUAGCAGGAGUAGGCCAUUUAACCCUUGAGUCUGCUGCACCAUUCAAUAAGAUCAUGGCUUAUUUGAUUGUGGCCUUCACUCCACUUUCCUGCCUGUCCACACAUAACCCCGACUCCUUUAUCAAUCAAAAAUCUGUCUGACUCAGCCUUGAAUAGAUUCAAUGACCCAGCCUCCACAGCUCGCUGGGGAAAAGAAUUCCAAACAGUAACAAACCUCAGAGAAGAAAUUCCUCAUUUCCAUCUUAAAAUGGGAGUGCCCUUAUUAAACUAUUAAACCUAGUUCUAAAUUCCCCAUGAGAGGUAUUAUACUCUCAUCGUCUACCCUGUUAGGCCCCCUCAGAAUCUUGUAUAUUUCAAUAAGAUCACUUCUCAUUCUUCUAAACUGUAAUGAAUAUAGAGCAAACUUGCUCAACCUUUCCUCAUAAGACAACCCCUUCAUCCAGGAGUCAAUCUAGUGAACCUUCUCUUAACUGCUUCUCUUAAGUAUAGUUCUCCUUGAGUUAGGAGAUCAAAACUGUACAGACUACCCCAGGUGUAGUCUCACCAAUGCUCUUUACAGUUGUAGAAAGACUUUCCUACAUUUAUACUUUAUUCCCCUUGCAAUAAGGGCCAACAUUCUGUUUGCCUUCCUAAUUACUUGCUGUAUCUGCAUGCGGACUUUUAGUGACUCAUGUACGCCCAUAAUAAACACCAUUGUGCAUUUAAAAAAUGUCCUAGUAAAUGGUAAUAUAGUUGUGUGUUAUAACAUCCAUGUUAAGGUUCUACUUAAAAGUAUUCAUAUCUUUUAGGCUGUAGAUAAGUUAACAUUUGGGAAUAGCAUCCACAAACUUGUGUAUCUACCAUUUAACUCAGGACAUUGUAUAUUAAAUUCUGCAUUAACAUUGUAGUGUUUUUGUAACAUUGUAUUGCUGCAGUCUGGUUAAACUUGUGCCAUUGCUAAUUUAUGUCUGGCAUUAAUAACGUCCUGUUUCAGGCAAUCAUUCACCCUCAAAUGCAACAACAAUCUCAUCAUUGUUGGCUCUAAGUAUAUAUUUAAGAAUGCAUCAAAAGAAAAACGUAGCUCGACCCUCAAGUUCUGAGAUCCUGCGAAAACUUGAAAAAAUACAUGUCUAGAGCUGGAAAAGUAUUUAAUGAGUUGGUUUUAAAACAUUAAAAAGACGAUUUUCCAAAUGUUGCAGGAACAGAUCCUUUCUAAAUCUCUUGUGAUCUGCCCCAAGAACACGUUUGAUUUUAAGAAUGUGUAGUAUUAACCUAAUAAUGUUUGAGCGUAAUUUUAUAAAUAAAUAUUGCAGUUACUUUCAUCUGUAAAA